UUCAGAAAAUUGCCUAUAAAUUAGCCAAAGAGAUUUGUUUCGGUUGUGGUGCAGUGCUCAGGAAAAACAAAAAGAGAGUGGUGAAAACAGUAAAAAAUCAAAACAAAAUUUCCACAAUAAUAAAAAACAAAUAUUUUAAUAAAAAACAAAUAAUUGUGCGUUUUAUAAGCUUUGUAAAAAUUCUUGGCAAUGAACUUGUCCCAAGGAUCGCUCGUGCAAAUAAGCUUACUUCUUGGCGUGAUUCUUUGAUCCAAGUGAAAAUGUCAUCCUUGUCAAAACAAAAACAAAUCAAAUUAUCCAAUAUUGUCUUGUGUCGUCUAUCCAUUGAACACGCUCAAAAACAAAUAUUAUUGAAUUUUUCAUGACCGAAUAAUUUUUGGGCCCAUGCACAACAACAACAGCAACACUGUGGCGUCCUCCUCCACUAUGAAUGGCAGACAACAAUUACAAAGUCAGUGUCAAGUUAUUAUUACAACAAUAACAACAGCGUCAGUAUUAUAGCUGUAAAUCAAAUUUUAAACAACACCUUCAACGUCAUUGAGAAGUGAGUGUGUGUGUCUGUGGCGGGUGACCCACCCACUGAACACGGUACCAAAUUCAAAUUUGAUUUGACAUUUCUUGGCGUUAUUGUCCUCAACAUCAAGUCUUUUUUUCCCGUUAUCUGCAGUCAUAAUGGAUAUCCAACAUCACCAUCAUCACUACAUUUCCUUUCGACGAUCUUUAAAACGCUCGAUUAGCUUCAAUGCAGCUGUUGACACAUGGUCUCGCGGUCUCCUGGGCCGUAUACAGGCUACGCUCAGUGGCCGUCAAAAAUCAAAUCGUCUAAAGCUAUUGGAAGCCUCCGGCCAAGGUGAUCAUCAGUCAUGGGAAGCAAUACGCAGCCAGAGUUCAGCGUAUGCGAUAUUGGGACGUAGACCACGCAUGGAAGAUCGCUUUAUUCUGGAAGAGAACAUUAACAACAAUACUGGCAUUUCAUUUUUUGCCGUAUUCGAUGGACAUGGCGGUGAAUUUGCCGCCGAUUUUGCCAAAGAUAUUUUGGUCAAGAAUAUCUACAAUAAAGUUAUAGAAACAACAAAGUUGUUAAAUGCCCAAAAAUUGGAACAGAAACACCUGUCAGCCGCCAAUGCCGCCGAUGUGGACAAGGACUAUGUGGAAUACGAUGCUAGCCCGUAUCUGAAGCGUAAGGCCAGCCGCAACGAUGGUGACAAUAAAGAGAAUGAACCUUUGGUUAGACGUCGUGAUAGUUUACGAAAAACAACGAGUGUAAAUGAUGACUGCACCGCCCGCAAAACGACUGGCGAUAAAAAAGACUCCUCAGAUGUUUUUACAAUGCAAUUGAAUUCGCUGUUGCGCGGUGUUGGCAACUCCAAGAAUAGCUUUUUCAACAACAACAAUAACAAAGACUCGAAUUUAGGCGGCGAAGAUGGUAUGCCCCCACAACAGUUUGAUGCCAGUUGUUAUGUGGAGAAUGGCAAAAUCAAUUUUGGUAAAUUAAUAACAGACGAAGUUUUGGCAGCCGAUCACAAACUGGUGGAAGCUGCAAAGAAGACGACAAAUAUUGCCGGUACCACAGCUUUAAUAGCCAUCAUUCAUGGCAGUCGUUUAAUAGUGGCCAAUGUUGGCGAUUCCCGCGGUGUCAUGUGUAAUGCCAGAGGUGUAGCCAUACCAUUGUCAUUUGAUCACAAACCCCAGCAGGUAAGAGAACGAAAACGCAUUCAUGAUGCUGGCGGUUUUAUUGCGUUUAGAGGUGUAUGGCGUGUAGCUGGCAUUUUGGCAACAUCGCGGGCCUUGGGUGAUUAUCCAUUAAAAGACAAAAAUCUAGUCAUAGCUAAUCCAGAUAUUUUAACUUUCGACUUAAAUGAUCAUAAACCGACAUUUCUGAUUUUGGCCUCGGAUGGUUUGUGGGACACAUUUACCAAUGAGGAGGCUUGCUCAUACAUAAAAGAACACCUCCAUGAACCAGAUUUCGGCGCAAAAUCAUUGGCUCUGCAAUCGUAUAAUCGUGGUUCGGUUGACAACAUAACAGUGCUGGUGAUAAUCUUUAAGAAUGGCAUGUAUCGCAUUGGUUCAUCGUCGUCGUCGGCGUCUGCAACACAACAAAGCAACAGCGCAGCUGCAUCUUCGUCAGCAACAGCGCCAGCAGCAGGAAGCCAAACAAUAAACAAACAUCUAAAUGAACCCUUGGCAAAGUCUGCAGCAUCUGUUAUUGGUAACACCAAUUUAAAUCGUUCAAAUAGUGGUCGUGCGAAAUAGUCCAAAGGAUACCCACACAUCCUUUCGAGAAGACAAGAGACAAGGGUCACAGACCGACAGACAGCUAGCUAGCUUUAUUAUACGUUCUUUUUUCUUAUUAUGUACAUAGAAAAAAUAACAAACAAAACAAAACAAAAUAAAUCAAGAAUUGAUUGAUUAUAAAGUGCCCAAAGAACAAAAAACAACAACAACAUAGAAACAAUUAACCAAAUAAGUUUUGUAAACGCUGAGCAUUUUACUUUUAAUUUCGAUUUUGGUUAAAAAGAAAAUCAAUGAAUUGUUUAUUUUUUUAUUACUACAUGCCGCCACCGCCGCCGCCGCUCUUUUCUCUUGCUCUGCUCCCACUUUAUUUAUGUAUCGUUUAUGUAUACGUCUCGAAACACACAAAAACCUCCCACGAGCCGCCCGCCCGCCUUAUUACAGGAAAUAAUCACUAAAUUGGUUGUUCAAUUAAAUAUUCUCAUUUAAAGUGUUUUUUUUUAAUUUAUUACUUUCUUCAGUUUUUCCGUUGAUUGAUGGCGAGAGCGAUUCGUAAUUGAUCUGUUAUUUAUAUUUAUUCGUUUUUCAUUAUUUUUAGUCGCGCCUAUACGCACUUUUCUUUACGUUCGUUCUUUUUUUAGUUUAAAGAAUACACUUUGGUUUACUUUAGUUUGUUUAUUUAUUAAACUAUAAUUAAAAUGUCCAAUUAUGUUUCCUUGUUUUUUUUUUAAGUGAAAAUUUUAUUUGAUAUUUUUUUUUGUUUUAAUUUGAAAAUACAAAAACAAAAAGAACUCAAUCAUGCAAAUCAAACAACAACAAACAAACGAAAAUAUACUAUUAAAAAUAUUGAUUAUUUAUUAUUAAUAAUAUUAAA